CCGCCCAGGCCCGGCUUCCCCGCCUUGCGCUCUCACCCUUCGUGGCUCUUUCCCGCUGGGGCUGGGCGCUUCCUGGCUCCGAUGGCGGGCCUGGAGCCUCUGGCCGCGCUGCCGGACGGGGACCUGCUCGACUUCCUGCUGAACGAUGACGCGCCGGUGGCGGGGAGCCCCGCGGGGGACAGCCCGCCGCUGGGGGACUGGGUGCUGCCUGAGCUCGAGCUCCUGGACAAGGAAAUGGACAGCUUCAUCAGCUCCCUGCUGAGCCCCUCUGAGGACGAACUGUGCCCGCUGCAGGGCUGUUUCCCUGCUGACAGUGAUAGCAGCACUUCUGAGGAUCAGAACCUGUUCCACAGCUCAGGCAGCGAUGUUGCCAGCAGCCCUCAGAGCUCAGACAUCGUGCAGUUUGAUCACAACUAUUCCCUCCAUCAAGAUUGGCAGGCACUGGAAAGCGUGAGGUCUGACAUGGCAGAAGGAGAUGUUUCCAUUGACCUUGAGACAUGGAUGUGUUUGGAAGGCACGAAUGAGACGCUGGAACAGGACUGCAGUUUUCCAAUCACUGUUGCUGUGGAUGCUGGACCCCAGCAUAUUCCUGGAGCCCCCAUACAGUCCAACUUCCCAGAGCUGGUCCUGACUGAGGAGGAGAGGCAGCUUCUGGAAAAGGAUGGUGUUUCCUUACCAACCUGUCUGCCACUGACCAAAGCUGAGGAGCGACUUCUGAAGAAAGUGCGUCGGAAGAUCCGGAACAAGCAGUCAGCCCAGGAUAGUCGUCGCAGGAAGAAAAUCUAUGUUGAUGGCCUGGAGAACAGGGUGGCAGCUUGCACAGCCCAAAACCAUGAGCUGCAGAAGAAGGUGCAGCUCCUGCAGAAGCAGAACAUGUCUCUGCUGGAGCAGCUGCGUAAACUGCAGGCCUUGGUGAGACAGUCCACAACCAAAACUACCACAGCAAGCACCUGCAUCAUGGUCCUUGUCCUUUCCUUCUGCCUCAUUCUCUCACCCAGCCUCUACUCGUUCGGCAGCAGAGGGCCACAGCCAGAGUUCAGAGUUCUGUCACGGCAGAUUCGUGAGUUCCCAAACAAGGUCUGGCAGGCAGCACCUGCUGUGCAGGAGGAAGUUGUACUGGAGAGGUUCAGUCCAGAGCCUGAAGACACUUCACUGUUGGGCAGCCUCAAUCAGUCACGGGAAGAGGGGCAGAGUCCACCCAAGCCUGACCCAAGGCCUGCAUUCAACAGCAACUCAUCCUCUGACCCUCCUGGGACAGCGGGCUCUGAGCUGGGUCCUCCGCAGCCGCAGGAGCAGCACUCCCAGAGAGAUGCCUUGCAGUCAGAGAUGCUGGCACCAUGGAAAGAUGAGAGUCAGGAGUGGGUGGAGCACACCACCAGCGUUGUCAUCCAGCAGCACCGCACCGAUGAGAUGUGACCAUGAGAUGUGACCGUCCCCUCCUUGCUGCCUGACAGGGUGAGGCUGGGCACCCUGCUGGGAGGGUCAGCCAGAACUGUGUUAACAGAUAAUCUGUAAAAGCAAAUGCUUUUAUGUAGUCUCCUGAUUGCUGGCAGCUCAGAGGAAUCAUUUUAGAGAGGAAUCAUUUUAGAGAUGAUCUAUCCUUACAUUCUGCUCUGUGUAACUGUAACAGAGGCUCCUAUCCAAGAUGUGGUAGGAAGCUCAGGGAGCUUUGUUCCCUGUAGCCUUGGGCAAGCCUUCAGACUCACUGGGGAUGGGCUCUGGCCCGGAAGCUGAAAGCAUCUGGGCCUGAGGUGUGAGUACCUGCAGGCUGCUGCUGAUGAAUGCCAUUGCCUUGCUUCUCCCUGCCCAGAUGGAAGUGAACAGGCUGGGUCCUGUGCUUCUUACUGCAUCUGGUGGCCACAAGCACAUGUCCCUUGUCCGUUAUCUUUAGUCCUACAGUGAUUUCUGAUUUCUCAGUGUGAUGCUUAUCUUUAGUGCCCUGACAGGGAGUCGUCCCGUCCUUGCAGCAGACCCUGCACUUCCCCUGUUCUUGUUCACUGUUGAGCCAUGGGUGCAGCUUCUGGCGUAGCUAGAGGAGAUGAUGGGGAGUUCUUUCCAUGUUGUGCAUGCCCAUUUCUGUCACAGAGGCCUGAGCCACUCCUCUCCCAAAGCUCUGGGAGCUGGGCUUCUGCCCAGGGAGAUGAGGAAGCUUUCUGCUAGACUAUUAACUGCAGCAGAGAGCUCAGAGAAGCUGAGCCUGUUAUUCUGAAGGUUUUCCUUUCUGCACCUGAGGUUCACAGCUGCACUGUGAGGUUGAGCUUUCCUGCACUGACCAGUGAGGCUUUUUGCUGGCUCUGGUUGCUCUGUGAGGCUGAGCAGAAGCGCUUUGCACUGGGGCUUUUUGUCUUUCCUGGAAUACAGUUGAGUGGUACCUGUUGAACAUAUCUUCUUGUCUUACUUUAGAUCUAAGCAAAUGACAUUUCCUUGUUAAUGAUGGGAAAAUAAAACAUGCCCUCUGUGCAAACUGCACUCCAUAGUCUUUUCAAUCUGGGGCUGGGCUGACCAGAGGAGGACGGGGCUUGGGUUUGGGGCAAGGGGUUGGGAGCGUUGUGAAAGUACCCUGAGUGCAGGAGCCCUGCUCCCAGGCCAGCAGAGGCCAGGGGCAUGCAAAUACCUUCAAAAUCGUUCAGGACAAAUUUAUGUUGCCAGCACACAUGCACAGUGACAGUGCUCACAGCACCAUGCCACACAGAAAAGCUGUUACCACAACGGAACUAAGCAGCUUCCCUUGUAGGAAGCACAAGUAACUGCUGUCUGCCCCCACCUCUGCUUUCACAAGGAGAAACUGCCCAACUGCGGGAAGGCUGCGAGUCUGGAGUGGUGCAAUAGCCCCAUUGCUGGGGGGAAUUGGAGGGCCCUGACUGCUAGGAAGGUGGUGGUUACUAGAUCAAGGCUACGUAUUGGAGUCAGGCAGGAUCACUGGAUCCACAGAGGCAUCAGUGGCUGUGGUGUUCAGGCUGCUGAGCCCUGCACAGGGUUUGGGGUGCAGGAACUUGGAGAGGCAAGCAGCACACACUUGUGGUAUGAAAAGGUUCUUGUGCAGAUGGACAAGAAGUCGAAGUGUAUGCCAGAUUUCAUUGUGGAGGAGAAAAAGUAAAGAAGGAUGUCUCAA